UGGCGAAAUGACAAUGGAGGAAUAGAUGUGUUACAAUUUCCUCACAGGACAGGGAACACAUUACAUAAACACCCGUCGUCAUAUUGCUAAACUACUCUAAUCCCUCCCUUGUGCAGAAAAGUCAGAGACACCCUACUAGCUAGCACUAGCAGGUCCAAAUUGCUUCGUUCUCGUUCCCUAUAAAUUCAGAUCAGACGAGAGACAGCCGCGGAUUCACCAUCCAUCAGCUACCAGAUAUCGAUCCAGUGCACUGCAUCUGCAUCAUCGAUCGCUUGGGGCUUUGGCUUGCAUACAGAUGGCCCUGACGCUCGCGCCGGAGCUGGAGUCGACGGCGGCGGGCAGCAACUACAGCCACAGCAGCGACAGCGGCAGCGGCAGGCGCGAGCACAUGUUCGAGAAGGUGGUGACACAGAGCGACGUGGGGAAGCUGAAUCGGCUGGUGGUGCCCAAGCAGUUCGCAGAGCGGCACCUGCCGCUGCGCGGCGCGGCGGCCAGGUCGCGGGGCACGGUGCUGUGCUUCCACGACGCCCGCAGUGGCGGGACGUCGCCGGCGGCGUGGCGGUUCCGCUACUCCUACUGGAGCAGCAGCCAGAGCUACGUGAUGACCAAAGGGUGGAACCGCUACGUCCGCGACAAGCGCCUCGUGGCCGGGGACACCGUCACGUUCUGCCGCGACGGCGCAAGGCUCUUCAUCGACUGCCGCCACCGGCAGAGGCGGAGUAGUCGUCGUACCGGGGAGCAGGGCGCGGCGGUGCCGCAUGCGGUCGUCGUCCCGGCGGCGAUGCUCGCCGCCUUGCCACCGGUAACACUACGGCACCAGCAGCCGCAGGGCUUGGUUGUCUUCUCCGGCCAGCACCAGCAGCAGGCAGAUCAGGAUGCAGUUGUCGUGGAAGACGAAGAAGAAGAGGAGGAGGCCCAGCGGCAGCGCGGGCGGUGGCUCCGGCUGUUCGGCGUCAACCUGCUGGAGCUUCGUACGGAGGCGCCGGUGCUGCUUGAUCUGCAGCUUAUUUGACGACGAUGUAGAUUAGUAAUUUACACCCUCGCAUGAAUGCGUGCGUUGCCAAAAGCCAGAAAUUAAUAAUAAUAUAAAUUACAGGGAUUUUUUUACAUGUAUAUAUAUGGAU